GAAAACUCCGUUGUCCAGGCAAUGGUUUGAGGACGAUAUCCGCUGCAGGGGAUUUUUCCAAAUCGAGAUUGAAGCAGUGCAAGGCAGUGAUUAUGGGGAUAAGAUGGCCCCAAGUCUCCGGGACCUGAUUGAUUUUCUGCUUGCAGAGAUUGCUCUCUGUGGCGACCAAGGUGCAUCGCCAUCGGAUAUACUGAAAUUCAUUGACACAUUUUACGCCAGGUUCGCCCAGGAUGGCCCUGAGCGCAAUCACAGUGUAGACAAACGCUUCAAGGACAAAGUCUGGACUUGGCUAACCAAAAAUCCGGAAAUCUCUGUGGGGAACAACAGAGAAGGAAACCAUCUCCGUCUACAAGACGUUGUGGGGGUUUCAGACGAUGGAUCUUCCACUAAGGCAGAAGUUCCCACUAUGCCAUCUGGACCUGUUCGCGUAUUUGUCUCAAAGGAGCGGACCUGGUUAGCAAUCACCGGUCACGAGCCAGAUGAAACCAAAGUCCUGCCAACCGAAUUCGCUCUGCUCUCGAUCAUCGCUUCUCGCAAGCAUAAUGGUAUCGUGCAGACUGACCUGGUCAAGGUCAGUGGCCAAGAUAAACGGUCGGUGCCCAAGCGUACAGACGCCCUGCAUCAAAAAGGCUACAUCGAGAAGCGCGCCAUCCAAAUCAAGGCUGCGCGGACAAGUCUCUGCACCCUUCGCCGGUUCUUGACAGCAGAGAAUGCCAUUCAAACCAACGACGAUAAUGAAUUGGCUAAUGCGAAGAGGAGAAUGAUCGACUUCAAUGAAUUCACGGGAAAACUUUUUGACAUCCUUAGAGAAUACAAGCUCAUUUCUCGCAAUGAUCUUAAAGCAAAGCUCGGGUUCGCAGACCACUGGCACUGGAGAAUUCUGUCUCGGGCGCUACGCAAAUUCGAGCGCAUUGGGGUCUUGAAGCGAGUGAAGGCGUUGUCUCAGUAUGCGCAUACGCUGAAAAAAUUCCAUCCAUGUGUCAUGCUCAUUCGGGAGCCAACGGAGAAAGACAUACAGAUGUUCCAUGAGUUCAGUCGAGGCAUCUUGGCCAAUCUCGACCAGGAAGACAACGUAGAAUUGGAUGACGAGCUGGAACAGGAAGAUUCAACUCAGGCCUCGCAAGAAGCCGCUCCGAAUACCACUUUGAUGAAACGGGAGCAACAGGUGGAAGACGCCGGCCGAAUUCUGCCCUGUUGGAGUCCAGACCGUAACAUCCACAAUCUUAUUUACGAAACGAUAGAUAAGGCGGGAACUGCGGGCCUGACCAACCAGGGAAUUAUUAGUAACGGCUUCGGGUACUACUACCGCAGACCACUGGAGAACGCAAUUAGUCGUCUUACAGAUUGCUGGCAACUCUCCCAGCCUCUGCACCUGCGCCACCUCGCUAUAGUGCGAGACACAGCGCUUGAACGGACCAUCACGCAUUACGUCCAUUACACUGCCCUGAGUUUUCAAGAAUUAGUCAACGCAGGGGAUGCGCUGUGGGAGGCAGUUGAAUUCCGUCCUAAAGAUGCCAAGGAUGAUAAGAUUCGACCGCCGCCGGUAGAUGCUAUGCCCCAGUUGGAUCAAUAUGCUUUACCCCUUGAACGCCCUGGAAAGGAAGUGCUCAAGCGCGGCCAAGCUACUCUCCUGGAAUGCAUCCUCGUGGCCCAGCCGCCGGACUACAAUUGCUCAAGCCGUGACCCUGUGGCAGUGAAGCAGGACGAUGGAUCAUAUGCAAUUCAGCAAAAGCUUAAGGGCUCUGCUGGUGUUGGGAUGAGUCCACUGCGCCACAAGCCUACGCCAAGAAUCAAAGAAGAAUGCCUUGAGGUCUCCGAUGAGGAGACACUCGAGGUGAAGCCUGUUAAUGGUCGUCGCAAGAAGAAUGAUCCGGACCGAUUCAAAGGCAUGUCUGAGAAGGAAAGAAUGGAGGCAAUGGGGUACGACGAGACCUGGACCGAUUACAGCGUAUUGCUCAUAGAACGACCGGAGCCGGGCGUAUACGUGACUCCACGUGGUCGGCGGAGGGCGGCGGGCAAUCGACAAGGACGCCCUCGAGUUAGUCGGCUCGCCGUGUUCAAAUCUCCAAAGUUGUCAUCUUUCCCGUGGUUCCAGUCGGAAAGUGUCGAUCCGGACGCUGACACAGCCAUCCGUCCCCGUUCGACGCCGCAAACACCGCGCCUGGCCGAGACUCCCACGCCUAUGGAAGCAGAUGAGGACACGCCACUCGGCUCUCCAGGACCUGCUGCAAGCAAGAAGACGCAGGGAGGUAAGCGAAGCCGACAGAAACGUGAUUCGGACGCCGACUCAAGCAUUCGUGGCGCACGGAAGCAAAGACGAGUCAACGAGAAACCCUCAGAAGAGGUAGCGUCAUCUGUCGAUGCAAACAGCAAUCCUUCGGUCCAAAGUGAAGAAGGAGACUCGGGCAUACGAACAAGUUCCGUGAUACUAGAGCAACGCACGGCCACAAAACGGAAGCGAGCGGUGUCUCCCAAAGGAGACCAGCCGGUGCCUGAGGUGGCCGAGCCAAGCAACCCUGAUACCGUCGCAACAAGCCGCUCUCCACGAAACAAAUCUUUUAGAACGCCUACAAGCGAAGUCAGCCCUUCACCGAAGAAACUUCGCGCAACCAAUACCCUACGGAAAUGGCUGGCAACAUCGCAGACGCCCAAACGUGCAAGUGAGAACCACACCAAUGCUGGGCUGGCGGCCGACUCUCCUACUGCCUCUAAUGGGGUCGACAAUACUCAAAGUAUUGAAAGGGCCGUCUCUACGGAGUCUGAAAGGAUAGAUAUCGAGAGCACAGAUGCCCAACCAGCUCCAGAUCAAGUCGACGUUCCGUCACCUACGAUGUCUCAACUUUCACCAGAGAAAGAGAAGGUGAACAGUCCAUCACAGCACAACAACGACACGCGCAGAAUCAGAGCAGGGAAAGGGGGCUCCGUGGCUGUACUUCGCCGGCAGAUUGUUCUGGAGAUCAUUGACCGGGCUGGAGGAGCCUACCCAAUGGGUACAGAGCUUUGGUAUCCAUUUAUGACUGCAUGGGCAAAAACCCGCUACAAGGAAAUCCCUGAUCUCCGCACGGUCAGAACAGUCGUGAAGGGAUUGGUUGAUUCUGGCAGAGUGAGGCAGUUGACAUUCAGUGGACGUGACAACAAAGGCGUUAUGGUGACGAAGAACAUUGUCUACCAAGCGGAGAUGCAGGCCGACGAUCCUCUGAUCGAGGAUCUGCAGAAAAAGAUGUUGGCGGCGGACCGAUAUUACUUCCCGCCAAAUGUGGAGAUUGACCCCGAGAUCAAGAAGAAUGGCAGCAAACGCAAGAAAAUUGCAGGAAAUGAGGGGCGACACCACACGGAAUUCCCCGUUCUCCCUGAUGCACUCACUGUGCAACUACAUAAAAAGCCUGCGUCGGUGGUUGCGAUUGAGAAAAGGCGAGACGUGGCCAUGCGGAAGGAAUUGCUUGAACAGCUGGCUAUGGAGGAAGACUUUGAUCAAUUCAGUGGCUCUGAGAUUGUUCGACUCAUGACAUUCCGACGCCGGGCAGGGAAGAACGGGGCCCAAGGAUUAACAUCUAUCAGCAGACCUCAUUCGAUGAGCAAGGAAGACAGACAGUCGCGCAGACGCCAUGCACUGGCGGGACUGGCUUCUAUCCGCAAAAUGCGGCGCCUCUGGUCUUCGUUGGCUCCAUACUCGAUGCUAAUGAAUACGAGAUCAACUUUCCUCUCUACCACUGGGACAUUCUCGACGGAAGCUGGUAUUCCUGCACUUCAAGCAGCGAAAGACCGUGCCAAGGCAGCAGCAAGAAAGCAAGUACUCAUCCCUGCCACUGAAAUGCCGCACUCGUUAGAGGACAUACUCAAGACAAGGAGGAACACUUUUGACUACUCCACGAGCGAUGAUCCGCGCGCACGACAGUUCUUUCAUGAAACGAACACCAUCUCUCGGUGGGAGCUCGAAAACGAGGAUCUGCUUGCGCGCAGGAGCUCUGAUAUCACCUUCAUCAAUCAAACAGUCCAGAACAUGGAAAGCUCUGGCAUUGAAAGCGGCAUUCGAUUCGAUUUCGAUGAGAGCUUUGGCCAUUUCAUGGCACCGCGACUGUCAGUGACGACUCGUCAGCGACGCCGACGGUCAGAGGCCGCCUCGGUGGCACCCCCCAAUCGCCGUCUAGCCAAAUGGGAUGAAUCCAUGGCGGGCGACAACACCAAAGUGAUUCUGUCAAGUCAAGAUAUCAACAACAAUCGUAAUACAUCCUCCAAGAGGAACCGAUCUCAAAUGCCUCCUGAGAUGGUCCGAAGAAUCAUGGUUGCAUUCGCCGUCGUUCGAAGUCUGGCAGGAGGGUCUGAUGCACGUAAUGUUGACUGGAGCCUGAUGUGCCAUUGCUUUCCUGACAUGGAACAAAGUGUCGUUGUUGAAAGAGGUCGACUCAUUCUUAAUAAAUACAGGUUACAGAUCACGAAGAUGCAAAGUGACUUUCACGAGCGGUUUCUUGAAGCCUAUGCCAAGGAUGAAGUGCCUCCCAUCAACUACGACGAUCUAUAUAAUUACGACUGGGAGGGAGUAGUCGACUGGGCGAGCCAUCAUCUUGACUUACCCAAGUCUGAGAAGGUUCCUGACUUACCGGCCACGAGGGAGCAGCUUGAUAGCAUGUUCGAUGUCAGGGAGGAGCCGCCAAAUGCUGUGGACGAACUGUACCAUCUCAGUCAGUCGAUCACUCUGAGCCGCAAACGCGCCUUGGCCGCUGGUGUUCCAUUUGCCAUGCCCCUGAGCCAUAAGGCGGGCCGUUGCCAGCUUCGGAAGGCCGAACUGGCGCGUCUGGAGGUGGCCAAGACAUGGGUGCGGGCGAACGUCGUGACGCCGGAAGAGACGUACCGCCCGAUGGAGGCACGGCAGAGUCUGGAACGACUAGGCGAGCCCAUGGUCCACCAGGCGCUGCAGUCGCUGGUUACAGAACGCGCUCUCAACAUGAGCAACCGUGGCCGCAUCACUCCGGGACGCAACUACGAUGUUACCGAAUACUUCAUGCUUGCUAUCAGCAAGCGACGGGCCAUUGAGAGUACGCAAUUGCGCCGUGCCCAUCGAUUCAAAACGGAGAUCUUGGAUCCUGUUCUUCGAGACCAGGGCUAUGUGGAGAUCGACUGGAAUGCGGAAGAUGGUGACAUCUUGGUGAUUAUGAACAUGCUCUGGGCUGGACGGGUGCUUCUCAAACCGCGCGAUCCUCCUCGCGACAAGUACGGAUUGACAGAGGGUGGGUAUCUGACUCGACAGUUAGACAAGACCAAGCUUCGGUUCACGGUUGACGUCUGGCCGACUGACACGUAUGUGUUUGGGAACCCCAUCCAGGAAAAGACCAGUGCACUGAAGCCCCCUCGUUUGGCUGAGGAGGUUGAUUCAGUGACGUCGUUACCCGCGAAGAUUCCGCUGUGGUAUGAUAUCCAUGGGGACUUUGUGCGCGUGCUGUGGGAUCUGACGGUUGCAGCCGUGGUGGGCUGUGUAGCGACGAGGCCUGGAAUCAGCGCCCAUGAUAUUGCAGGGAUGGUGAAGCCGACGAUGGGAGGAUGGGAGGUGCAGUUGUUGUUGGAAUGGAUGAAGGAGGUGGGAGUUGUGAAGCUGGACUGGACGGGCAGGGCAGAACAUGAUGAGAAUGAGCCAGGCUGGCGAGUGGAUGAGUGGUGGUACAUGGUGCUGGGAUGAUCUGCGAGUGAGAUGAUCUACGAGCUGUAACUAUAUUGGCGUUGGUCUUGGAUGAGGUAGUAGUUUUAGCUGAGGUGUUACUUGCAUAGUGUUUGGUUGUAUGUAUGUAAAAUAUUGCACUUUGUU